AUGAUGAAAUUCAUGGAUUCACAAAGCAAAAACCAAGGUAGUAGUGGAAAUUCAAGCCACCAUGCACAAAACCAAGAGCCUUCUUCCCUCCAACUGGUUCCACCCCAAAGUCAACCUGAACCUGGACCUGGGUCCGGUCAGGCCCCAGGCCAUGGUCCAUUCCUGGGCUCCAUCUCCAUGGAAUCAAGAACUCUCUUUUCCUCAUCUUCCACCACCACCACCACCAACUCUAUUUCCCCCAAAGCCGCCACCAAGAAACCAUCCAAAGACCGCCAUACCAAGGUCGACGGCCGCGGCCGGCGCAUUCGCAUGCCGGCCUUAUGCGCCGCCAGGGUCUUCCAGUUGACUAGAGAAUUGGGUCACAAGUCUGAUGGUGAGACAAUUGAAUGGCUUUUACACCAAGCUGAACCGGCAAUUAUCACCGCCACGGGAACCGGUACAAUUCCGGCCAAUUUUUCAAGUCUUAACGUGCCUCUACGUAGUGGUGGCACCACUAUCUCAGCUCCGCCGUCCAAGUCUGCUCCACUGUUUAUCCACGGCGGUGGUGCCGCCAUGCUGGGCUUUCAUCCUCAGCUUCAAAGCAGUGGUUUUGGGCAAGACCCAGAUGAGCAUUACAUGAAAAAGAGGUUCAGAGAAGAUACAAGUGGUGCAACCUCACCUUCGGCUGCUAAACCUGAACGAACCGGAGCUCAAGAUCACGAACCUAGCUCAGACCCAAGAGCCGGUUCAGCUCAAUUGUCCAGCUUCAUCCCGGCUCCAGCCAUGUGGGCUGUUGCACCAGCCGCCACGAACGGCGGAAACACCUUCUGGAUGCUCCCCGUGAGUGGCGGUGCUGCCACAGCCUCAGUUGGAGCUGCUCAACCGGACCACCAUUUGUGGCAGUACAAGGCACCAACCAUGCAGAGAAUGGGAAAUUUUGAGUUCCCGGGUGGGGGAAGGUUCAGUCCGGUUCAACUCGGGUCAAUGGUAUUGCAACAGCCACAGGCGGUUCAGCAACUGGGUCUAGGUGUCUCAGAGACCAACAUGGGAAUGUUGGCCUCUAUAAAUGCAUACAACAAUAGUGGAACUGGAAGUAGGGUUGAUUUGGGUAUGAAUUUGGAGCAACAUCACCAUCAAAACCAGCCUCAAGGUAGUGAAAGUGGUGAUGAAAACCCUAAAGAUUCUAGAUAA